AUGAUAGUUCUACAUGAGUAUCCACUGAGCAUGGUUGACCAUGCUGGUUUCCGAAGGUUUGUCAGUGCUCUUCAGCCACUGUUCAAGAUUGGGACUAGGAACACAAUAAGAAAGGAUAUUUUGAUGCAAUAUGAAGCAGAGAAGAAGAAAGCCAUUGAAUAUAUGGCUGCAAUUAAUUCUAGAGUGGCUAUUACUACUGAUUUAUGGACUUCUGAUAACCAGAAGAGAGGAUAUAUGGCCAUCACUGCCCACUUCAUUGAUGAAUCUUGGACUCUUAGAAGCAUUAUCAUGAGGUUCAUUUAUGUUCCUGCCCCUCAUACUACUGAUGUCAUAUGUGAAGAACUCUAUGAAUCUUUGGUUGACUAG